GAUUAACCCAACUCCCAGACUGACAUGGCGGCACCAGGACGAAAUUGCAGUUUCUCCUUGGCCCACCCCGGUGUCAGCAGCUCCAGGAUGUGGCAAGUCAGAAUCUUCCUGCUGUUCCUGGCCGCCUGGGGAAUUUCUAGCACACCUCUUGACCCAGUGUUCUCCAGCAGUGAGCGUGCCCAUCAGGUGCUGCGGGCCAAACGUGCCAACACUUUCCUGGAGGAGAUGCGGCCGGGCAACCUGGAACGGGAGUGUGUGGAGGAGAUCUGUGACUUUGAGGAGGCCAAGGAGAUUUUCCAAAAUGUGGAAGAUACACUGGCCUUCUGGAUCAAGUACUUCGAUGGUGACCAGUGCGAGGCUCCGCCCUUGGACCACAAGUGCAACAACCCAUGCUGCGGGCAUGGCACAUGCAUCGACAGCCUGGGCAGCUUCAGCUGCUUCUGCGAUAAAGGCUGGGAGGGCAGGUUCUGCCAGGAGGAGCGGCAAUACCACGACUGCCAGGUGAACAAUGGCGGCUGCGUGCACUACUGUCUGGAGGAAGGCGGCAGUCGGCGCUGCGCUUGCGCUCCAGGCUACCAGCUGGCAGACGACCACAAGCGCUGCAAGUCUACCGUGAAUUUUCCGUGCGGAAAGCUGGGGAGGCGGAUGGAGAAGAAACGCAAGAACAGGAACACAGACCCAGAAGAUGAACUAGAACAAGAUCCAAGGAUUGUCAACGGAACACUGACGAAGCAGGGAGACAGUCCUUGGCAGGCGAUCCUUCUGGACUCCAAGAAGAAGCUGGCCUGUGGAGGCGUACUCAUCCAUGCCUCCUGGGUGCUGACGGCAGCCCACUGCAUGGUGAACAGCAAGAAGCUUACUGUGAGGCUCGGUGAGUACGAUCUGCGCCGCAGGGACCACUGGGAAUUGGACCUGGACAUCAAGGAGGUCCUCAUCCACCCUAACUACAGUCGGAUCACCAGUGACAAUGACAUUGCUCUGCUCCGCCUGGCUGAGCCAGCCACUCUGUCUAAGACCAUAGUGCCCAUCUGCCUGCCGAACGAUGGCCUGGCAGAGCGAGAGCUCACUCAGGCCGGCCAGGAGACGGUGGUGACAGGCUGGGGCUACCAAACCGACAAGGACAAGGAUGGCAGGAGAAACCGCACCUCUAUCCUCACCUUCAUCCGCAUCCCUGUGGCCCCACGAAAUGACUGCAUCCAGGCCAUGAACCAUGUGGUCUCAGAGAACAUGCUGUGUGCGGGCAUCAUUGGUGACAACAGAGAUGCCUGUGACGGUGACAGUGGGGGACCUAUGGUGGUCUUCUUUCGGGGCACCUGGUUCCUGGUGGGCUUGGUGAGCUGGGGCGAGGGCUGCGGGCAACUCAACAACUAUGGUGUCUACACCAAAGUAAGCCGCUACCUGGAAUGGAUCAACAGCUACAUUGGCAGCAAGGACGCCUCCCUGAAGGGCCAGGGUCUGUAGCGCCCCUUCCUGUUCAUCUCUGGACCCCACUUUUAGAGUGAGGCUGGGCUAGUGAAUACCACAGCACAGGACAUUAAAGGGGCACCCAACAAACAUGCCAACCUGA